AUUGAUCGCAGUGAAGCAUUGGAAGUAUUUUGCAGCAGUGAAGCGCUGAAAUGUUGUUGCGAUUUGGAGGAAUUCCGAAUGAAAACAGAGAAUUUUGUGAUUGGAGAUUUGAAGAAGUUAUCGCAACGAAUUAUUUUAGAGACACUUAGUACAGAUUCCGAAUGCAUUCGUUCUGAGUGUGUUGAAAGGGCAUUACGAGAUUUUCGAAAUAUUUCUUCAAAAAUCGAAAAACCUAAUAAUGCUAUAAAAGUGCAGUGGAAUGACGUCGGUGGAAUGCACAAUGUGAAAAAACUGCUUGAGGAAGUUUUUGUAUGGCCCAUCAAGUAUUCGUCAUUGUUCCGUAACUGUGCGAUUCGUGCCGGUAGAGGAGUACUGCUAUACGGAGCGAGUGGUUGCGGUAAGACGCUUAUCGCGAGGGCA